AUGACAGUUCAAGCAGGGAAGAUGGAAGUGGCACUGGUUGACUUUGAGCAUCUAGAUGACAUUGACAGUAGUAUUGAUGACCAGGACGAUCCAAAUUACCCCAGUGAAACCACAGCUCUCACAGAGGACAAAUCAGACUGCAGACGUGGCAGCAACCACACCUGCACUCCCAAGACAUCCCCCUACAAGGAGGAAAGCCAACGUGCUCAGACUCUAGGGGUGCCACACUCACCAACCAUACCUUCGUAUUCUAGGAGAGGGCGUGCCAGCUGUGCCAGUCUGAUCUCUAAUUGGAAUCUUUUGCUGCAUAGUGAUGGGGCCCAAAGUGAGGCCAUUUUUAGCCAACUGGCCAAAGAGUGCUGUGAAGAUUUGUUUGUGGACAAGCGAGCACUGGAUGAAGGCGACCAGAAAGUCAUCAUCAAUAUUGCCGGACUUCGCUUCGAAACUGAACUGAAAACACUGGACCAGUUUCCCAACACCUUGCUUGGAGAUCCAAUGAAACGAAUGGACUACUUUGACCCAAUGAGAAAUGAAUAUUUCUUUGAUCGUAAUCGUCCAAGUUUUGAUGGGAUUCUCUACUACUACCAAUCAGGGGGUAAGAUUAGGAGACCAGCAAAUGUGCCCUUGGACGUGUUUGCAGAUGAGAUCAUUUUCUAUGAACUGGGGGAUGAAGCAAUGGAGCAAUUCCGUGAUGAAGAAGGUUUCAUUAAAGAUGUGGAAAUCCCUCUGCCCUCCAAUGAGUUCCACAGACAGUUCUGGCUGCUUUUCGAGUAUCCAGAGAGUUCCAAUGCAGCUCGUGGAGUAGCUUUGGUCUCCAUUUUUGUCAUAAUCAUUUCUAUCAUCAUCUUCUGUCUCGAGACAUUGCCAGAAUUCCGUGAGGACUUUGAGGUGCUCCCACCUGUCGGACUUCCUCUUAACCAGACGCAGGAUGGCUUCCCUUCUCUCUCCCCCCCAAGUGCCACACCCAAAGCCAUCACCAAAACUCUUUCUGACCCAUUCUUCAUCAUUGAAACAGCCUGCAUCAUAUGGUUCUUCUUUGAGCUGUGUGUACGAUUCAUGGCCUGUCCAAGCAAGCGUGAAUUCUUCAAUAACAUUAUGAAUAUGAUCGACAUUAUAUCCAUCAUCCCCUACUUUGUAACACUGGUGACAGAGACGAUGACCUCAGCAGACAGCAGUUCUAGUCAGAAUAUGUCCUUGGCCAUUCUCCGGAUCAUCCGUCUGGUCAGAGUCUUCCGUAUCUUCAAGCUGUCUCGUCAUUCCAAAGGGCUGCAGAUUCUGGGUCAGACCCUUAAAGCCAGCAUGAGAGAACUGGGCCUGCUCAUUUUCUUUCUCUUCAUUGGUGUCAUCCUCUUCUCCAGCGCCAUUUAUUUUGCUGAAGUUGAUGAACCCAACACGCAGUUUGUCAGCAUUCCUGAUGGGUUCUGGUGGGCGGUGGUUACCAUGACUACGGUGGGUUAUGGUGAUAUGUGCCCAAUUACUCUUGGGGGCAAGAUGGUAGGCACACUCUGUGCCAUUGCUGGUGUACUAACCAUUGCUCUGCCUGUGCCUGUCAUCGUCUCAAAUUUCAACUACUUCUAUCACCGAGAGACUGAGCAAGAGGACAAACAGCCAAUGGCUGAUUCUCCAGAGCAAGCCCUAAGAUCAGGGACAACCACCAAACAUGGCAGUACUGUCUCCCUCAACAAGGCAAACGGCAACUGGCCAUAA